AUGGUCUGUCUCCUCUGGACUAUGCUCCUCAAAGUAUACCUCUGUAUCCUCUACGAACCGGUCGAAGUCGACGUCGGCAAUAUGCCCUUCCAAGUUUGGAGUCUUUCAAGUCUGUUAAUGCGCACCAGUAGCCUCGUCUGGCUCACUGGGAAUGACCCAGAGUCUGAGCUCGAGCUUUCGAAUGGAGCGGAAGCUGUAAUGGUCUGGAGAGACUUCUUCGUCUUGGCCUUCAAGGAGGAACGACUCACCAUCCUCCCUGAGAGUACGAAUCUGAAGUGUCGAAUGACGGCGGACUUCCAUCUCAUAUUCGUGCUUGAAGUCGCGGGAAACGAGAAGCAUGUGCUAGAUUGGCUUGCAGUUGACGACCACUUCUGCGAUCAUAGGGAUCGGCCCAAGGCUCCCAUCCGACCAGCUUUCGUGGCUCGGUCUGUCAAACGGCAUCUUGAAAUUGUGAUGCCCGUCUCUCCCUCCGACUUCUGCAUAGAUCUGUAG